AUGUCUCAUCUUCUCAGGCGGCUCAAGCUAUCUCUCCGAGUAGGCCACCUCACCGCUUCUUCUCGAUACUUCUCUAAUUGCAUCAUCAAAGUAAUACCUUGUGGAACUACUCUAAGAGAUGGUGACGUUGGACAUCUAGCUAUCUACAGCUAUGUUGAUAAAGUGAUCGACUGCACACAAAAGAAGGUGCCUAUGGAGUUAGUAAAGGGGAUCGGAACCAUAGGAGCAUCCCACGGCUGGGUAGCGACUCUGAAAAAUGGGAUCGUGUGUCUUCAAGAUGACUUCGAUCCCUAUGCAUCGAAUACUGACCCAAAACGCAUUCCCCUGCCUCCACUUGUAACUCUGCCUCAUUGCCAAACCCAAAUCGUAACCAACAUAGCAAUGUCCUCUUCUUCCCCAGACGAUGAAGACUGCAUCCUUGCUGUAAAGUUCUUGGGACCUCAGCUAAGCUUGUGCAGGCCUGCUCAGAGAGAUUGCAAGUGGAGCAACAUCAGAAUCUCAGACCCCAGCUUCUUCUCCUCACAUGUAAUGUACUCCAAGAGAAAUGGCAUGUUCUCCAUGCCCGCUGCUGGAGGAAACUACACAGCAUCGUGUGAUCUUGGGAGACACGUGAACGAACCAAAGAUUCAGAUGCUGUCGUACCCGGAAGAACGCGUGUUUGAAGACCUGAAUCUGAGCACGGGUGAGUUUUUUGACAAGGAGUUUCUGAGAAAAAUCGACUGGAAGUUCACGGACUGGUCUUGCAGGAUGGAGCACUACUUGAUGGAGUCGUCAUCACACACAAGUGAGACUUUUCUGGUGAAAUGGUCUAAAGAUAUCAACCCCCUAGACGGGAAAACUGAAUUGGACAAGUUCCUUGUGUUGAGAAUAGACGAGGAAGGAAACGCUGUGUAUACUAAAGACUUUGGAG